AUGCUGUGCCGGCCUCUCCAGCGUCGACUUCCGCUUGCCCUAGCGCAUCGCGAACUUAUCCGAUGUCGGCCAAGCUUGUUAUCUGUCAGCCACGUUCGCCAACUGUCAAGUGGGCCAACUAGCUUUCCAACAUGGUCUCAAUUCAACCGGUCCGACUUCACAAAUCAGCCGUACACCGGAAGCUAUGAGACUGGGCUGCCUACCACUGGUCCUUUAGCCUCAACGCCAGCCUUUGGUGCUCCGCGAAUCACACCGAAAGUGCUGAAGCAAUAUCUCGAUCAAUAUGUCGUGGGGCAAGAUCGCGCAAAGAAGGUACUGAGUGUGGCCGUUUAUAACCAUUCCCAGCGAGUUCAAGAAGUAGCACGAAGGCAGGAGGAAGCUGAAGAGCUGUUGUCAAAACGGCAAAGAAAGGAGGCACUUGAAGGCCACCCCUUGGAAGAUGAGUUUCGAGGCCAGCAAAGAACAGUCGGACUUCAAUCUUCAUCCAAAUCUCGCCCGGCUACACCGCUAGACCAGAAUGAGCUGGUUGAUAGUUCUCCGCUUCAGUUGGAAAAGUCCAAUAUCCUUCUCCUCGGGCCGUCUGGCGUCGGCAAGACACUGAUGGCAAAAACACUAGCUCGGGUUUUGUCAGUGCCAUUUAGUAUUUCGGACUGCACCCCAUUUACGCAAGCGGGAUACAUUGGAGAGGAUGCUGAGACAUGUGUUCACCGGCUUCUUGCCGCUGCCAACUAUGAUGUUGAGCAGGCAGAGCGUGGAAUCAUUGUACUCGACGAGAUCGAUAAGAUCGCGGCAGCUAAAGUCAGCCAUGGAAAGGAUGUUGGUGGAGAAGGAGUUCAACAAGCACUGCUUAAGAUCAUCGAGGGCACUACGAUUCAAGUACAGGCCAAACCAGAAAAGAACCCUCGCUCGACCAGCCCUCCCAAUACAUAUCCAUCCAACAGUCCUCUGGGAAACACUCCCUUCCAGCCGCACAAUGGAAACUUGAACCCCUCGGCCAAGGGCGAAGUCUACAAUGUGCGCACAGACAACAUCCUUUUUAUAUUCUCGGGCGCAUUUGUUGGACUAAAUAAACUGGUCAUGGACCGAAAUUUCUCGCGGCUCAAUGGGGAGCCCCUUCUUAUCCUCCCAGGCUCCGAGGAAGAAGCUCUCUACAAGAAACAUCUUCCAUUCUUCACAUCUGCAUCUCCCACCACCUCAGGCGGCGAAGCAACAUAUUUCAACGCACUGGACCUCCUAACACCAGCCGACCUGCAAACAUACGGCUUCAUUCCAGAGCUAAUUGGCCGGAUUCCCGUUAACGCCGCCCUAUCAACGCUAACUCAGCCCUUACUUCUGCGCAUCCUUACAGAGCCCCGCAAUUCAUUACUGGCUCAGUACACCGCUCUCUUCUCACUCUCUGGAAUUGAACUCCGUUUUACCACACCUGCGCUUCAUACCAUCGCCGCAAAUGCUUUCAAGAUGGGCACUGGUGCUCGUGCCCUGCGCACAGAGAUGGAGACUAUCCUUAGUGACGCAAUGUUCGAAGUCCCAGGAUCUAGUGUGAAAUUUGUUCUCGUUACAGAAGCCGUCGCUAAGCGGGAGGAUCAGCCCGUUUAUCUUCCUCGUGGCCAGGGCGCCAAAUUCCACGCUAUGAUCUCUGCCGAGGAAAGCGAGUGGGAGGAGAAGUCCAAAAUGGACAAGAAGCAAAAAGGUCAGAAAAAUGAUGAGCAGAAUGGCUUUCCCGAUGGCUCGCAGCAAGCUUCGAGUUUUGAGGAGUAUCGCAAGCGGGCGGUUGGGUAG